UUCUACGUGCAGCUGUUUCUGUCCAUAGCAGAGACUGUGAUGUCCAAUUCACUUCUGUUUUCUCUUCAUUCAUUUAAAAACAACAUAUAGAUUGAAGAUGUCAGGAGAUCUGCGGUCCGAGCUGGAGAAAUCCCUGCAGAGCUUAAACAUCCAGACGACGUGUGUGGAGCAUCCGCCGGUGUUCACCGUGGAGGAGAUGAUGCCUCACCUGCAGGACGUGAGCGGAGCCGUCACUAAGAACCUCUUCCUGAAGGACAAGAAGAAGAAAGGCCUGUGGCUGGUAUCGGCCCGCCACGACCGCCAGGUGAACCUCAACGACCUCGCCAAGAAGCUCGGGGUCGGCAGCGGCAACCUGCGCUUCGCGGACGAGGCCGCCAUGUUGGAGAAACUCAAGGUGGGUCAGGGCUGUGCGACGGCUCUCGCUCUGCUCUUCGACAAGGACCAGAGUGUGAAGUUCGUCCUGGACCGGGACCUGGUGGAGGGAGGCCACGAGAUGGUCUACUUCCACCCCAUGACCAACGCCGCCACCAUGGGGCUCCGACCGGACGACCUGCUGCGCUUCCUCAAGGAGACGGGACAUGAACCCGUCCUGGAGAGCUUUGAGUAGGACUAAACCCUGAACCGAACUGAAGAACUGGACCUGGGCAGCCUGCAGGGAUUAAACUGGGACAUGAAAAUAACCUGCAGAGCCAAGUAUGAACAAGAUUCUGCAUCAAAGAUUUUAAAAAAAAAAAAGGAUCACAAAUGAAUUUGUACUACACAGAUAUCGUACCCAAAAUAAUUCAAUGACAAAUAUAUCUCUCUUUAUUGGCAGAUUAAUUACACUCAGAAUAUGACCGUGGGAAGUUGGAGAGAGUGUAACCAUUACUAUAUAUAUAUAAUAAUGUAAGAGGCGCUGGUAUAUUUACAUAUGUAUAAUACCAGUAUAUUGCAACACCUCCAGAUCAAAUGAAAUACAAAAAAGUUUUAUCAAGAACAUGAAGAGACACUUAAUUAAAAUACUAAAAAGCGUGAACGUAAAGGGAACAUUUUUAAAGAUCUCUUUGUUAUUUUAAUAGAAUUGUCAAAAGGUAACAAUGUAUUUAAGGACUUUUAGCUAAAGACACAGACAUGACUAUUGGUUGUUAAAUGUCUUUCUGUUACUUUGUGAAGCUCAGGCCUGUUUGUUAAAGGAGCAGACUGUUUUGUUUUUCAUGUUUUAGCUCAGUAAAGAAUAUCCUGUCUGUGCCUACUGAUUGUUUUUGAAACAAUCAGUUGAGACUCCUUCCAAAAUAAAUGAUUUAAGUUGAUCUGCUCAUGUAAUUGAGAGCAGGGACUCUUAUUAAUAAUGUAUCAUAACUCCUGUUGAUAUUCCAUAUUGUGGCUGUAAUGGACACUUCAGCCUCUAGAGGGCACUAUAUACACAGGGGGAUGAAUGUUGUACCACUCACAUAUAAGGCACCCUGUUUAUGAGCUGUGACUAAUGGCUUUAUUAAUGGUUAAUACAUCAUUAAUUCAUGCUUCGUAGAUCAGUUAUGAGCCAUUAAUAACACCUUCUGUGUUGCCAGGUAAGGAACAGUCCCUAGCUUGACCUUAAAUGUAUUUAUUAAGAACUCAUUAACAUUUAC